GCCAUGGCUCGAGGACAACUGAAAAUCCAAUCCCAGCAAAAUGCUGCCAAAAGAGCCAAUGAUUUAAAAAGGCAACAAGGCCAUGAUGAGAAAGCUGCCGCCCAAAAAGCACUAACUUAUGUCUGCACUGUCUGCAAGGCACAGAUGCCAGAUCCCAAAACAUACAAGCAACAUUUUGAAAAUAAACACCCAAAACUGCCUCUGCCUGAUGACUUGAAAGAUGUUUAAUUUUAUUUUUUUAAGACAUUUUAUACUGUGUGUCUGGAAAAGCAACAUUUGUUUGAGUUUCUUUCCACUUGUACAUUUAUGUAUGUUGUAUGUUCCUGAUU